AUGGAGUUCCAGACCCCGGUACUCUUGUCCCUGCUGCUCUGGGUGUCUGGUGCCUAUGCCAACAUAGUGAUGACCCAGUCUCCAACUUCCCUUGCUGCAUCAGCAGGUGAGAAGGUCACCAUCAGAUGCACGUCCAGUCAGAGCCUUUAUUCAAGUACAUACAAAGCGAACUACUUGGCUUGGUACCAGAAGAAGCCAGGGAAAUCUCCUAAACUGCUGGUCUACUAUGCAUCCACUCGGUACACUGGGGUUCCUGAUCGCUUCACAGGCAGUGGAUCUGGGACAGAUUUCACUCUCACCAUCAGCAGUGUGCAGGCUGAAGACCUGGCAGAUUAUUACUGUGCAAGUCAUUAUAACUCUCCUCCCACAGCGCUUCAGCUUCCUACACAAACCUCCUUCAGUAUCACCAGCUGCCUCUACCACACACAGCCCUGGUCUUGCUCACUUCCCCCUUCUGACUGAGAGCUGGUGUGAUUGAAAAAUUGAUGAGCCAGUAAAAUGUGCUUAAUGUCUCUUAUGUCUUUUUAUAUGAAAAACCUUUUUAUGAAAGUGCGGAAAAGGACUCAGUAUUGUCUGAUUAUUCUUUUUAUUGUCAAUCAAUGGUAUUUCUACUACUAUGAAACUCAAAUGUUUAUACAUGUCUUUGAUCGUGAACAGAAGUUUGUCAUGAAAUCAUAUAGACAUUUGUGGUUUGAGAGCUCUAAGUUACUCAUUGAGCUUCCUUCACAGUGA